AUGGAGCUCAAGCAUGUUUUGCUAACAAUUCUGAAAAUUCUGGUUUCGACAGUUUUGCUAAUUCAGAACACUGAUGCUGGAGUACUGAUGGGAGGCCACAUUGAUAAUAAAAAUAGUACCAAUAGCUCAGAAAAUGAUUACGAUUAUACGGAAAGUACAGCAGAAGUUGCUGCUCAGAAACAGACCACAAAACACAACUCAGAAGAAAUCCCUGAUCCUUCUCCAUUAGUUUUGCCAGGCUACAACCUCCCAGAAAACAUCUUCAACCACGGAAAACCAUUUUACGUGGAAAAAGACCCUCUAACAGGAAAAAUCGACUUCGAUCACAAAUCGCCAUCUUUAAAAUCAGACGAAACCGAUUACGAAUACCAAGACUCAGACGACAUCUACGCCAAAAAAAAUAUCAACAGAAAAGACGGCAGUUAUGGUAGCCUUCAUCAUCAGCAAACCGAUGUAAACCAACUCACGCCGAAUUUUCACGAUUUCCUCAAUCUCCCAGUCAAAUACAAUCAAGACAAAUAUGUUUAUCCGUUGAUAUCCAGCUCGUAUGCCAGCACCAAGAUUCAAGGCAGCGUUAACAAGUUUCACAAUCAUAAGGACACUUUUGGGGUGCAAAAACCUACUACAACCAAAAAACCUUCUACUACAACUCAAACAUAUUUCACCCCAAGGACUACACAAAGAACUAUGGCCACUACUGUUGUAACUACAACCACAACUACACCAAAACCGACUACAAUUAAACGAUUUCCAGAAUUGACUACAGCGCAAGUGAGUGUUUUGAAUUCUCCAAUGUCGCAUCCAAGUUUUAAUGAAGAAUAUGAUUAUUAUGAUGAAGCUACAACUACAACAAAAAAUACUCAUUCAACUAUGGCUUCAACAACUACAACCAAAAAAGUAAUGAGCUUAUUUGAACAGCUAUUUGGUGAUUACGAUGAAACAGUUACAACAACUAAACCCACUACAACUACAACAACAACUACAACAACAUCUAAACCAAUAAUUUCAAUUACAACCAAUAAUUAUUAUCCAAAUAUUCAUGCGGGGCCUCAAGAAGGCUACGAAUACGAGUAUAGCGACGAUAAUGUUGCAGUUGAAAACAAUUUCCAGGAAAAUUUAAGUGUGGAACCUUUGAAUGAGGAUAAAAUUAAACCUACCAAAAAGCCUAGCAAUUUUAAAUAUUCAACAACAACUCAAAAGCCAUCAACAACAACAACUUAUAGAUCUACAAGUACUACAACUACAACUACAAGAGUAACUUCGUUGCCUUUGGGCGACAAUCACAUAGGAGGCUCGCUUAAUAGAGACCCCAUAAUAGUUGCCACUCAAAAUCUACGCGAAAAACUAAACAGCGAAAAAGUCAACCAAAACCAACUGGCACCCAGUUCCAGUAGCAUUCACAUAGCUCCAAAUCAAGACACUGUUUCGUUUGUUGUAGGCCAUCAUCAGAGCGUUGGUGAUAGUGACUCUACAGGCCAAUACGUCGGAACAGCAACCAAAGAAAGCUCUUUUAGGCCUUUGCAAGUAGAUCUUAAACCUCUUCAAACUGGCAGUGCCGUUACAAUUCAACCAUUGAAAAAUUCCGAAGCAUCUCUUGCCAUAGGGAUGCCUGUGAAUGGUAUUAAACAGGUGCCAGGCCAAGUAAUGGAUGCUUCAUUAGACAAUGAUAAAAUCCAUUUUCCCAAAGCCGAAGGCAAUAAAGUUGUAUUUCCAGAAGACAAACAAGCCAACAAAGAAGUUUUAAAACUAAACUCCAAACCAAUGUAUCAUCAACUUCCCAGUGACUUAACACCUCCAAAAGAAAACGAUGUUGUAGCAUUUCCUUCCAGAUACCAGGAUAGACCGAUGAGGCCUCCUUGGGAUCCAAGGCCUGGCCAUUUCUACAGCGGUAAACCUGAAUAUGCACGUCCUCCCAGGCCUCCUCCAGAAGUAGCCUUUAAAAGAAUCGAUACUUUACCAAACAUUUUGCCACAAUUUAGACCAAAUAUGCAACAUCAUUAUAGAUAUGAUCAACGUUUCAACAGACAACCUUUAUUGGAAAGACCUUCAAACAGGCCAAUAGGGUUUUUCGAAAAAAUGCCCCUUUACAAAAGAUAUCCUCCACCUAAAAAUAUUGUAUAUCGACCUCAGAAUUAUGACUUAGAAGAACGUAGACCUUUGGCACAACAACCACCACAAAGCUUAGAGGAUCGUAACCUUAUGGCAGAAGAUAGGAUUAUGAAUGAAGAUCCAAGAAUACCUACUGAUGCUGAUUUGAUGUAUCAAACUCCUCCUAAUAUUCAUAUUGCUAACAGAAGAACUAGUGAUGUUGAAACAUUGCAAAUGAUUCAAGCCAAAAAUAGCAACAUUAGUGAUGAACAAACUACAACAGUUAAAGCAGAAACCGAUAAGAAAACUGACAUCUAUAAAGUAUAUCCAGUUAAUAAUAACUCAGAAGCUAAAAAUAAUAAGGCUGAUUUCAACUUUGAAAAACACCGUAAUGAGGCCCCGAUAUUGAAACCCCACUCGAGACCGUCAACGUUGGCAAUCAAAUCCGACUUUCCUUAUCCUCUGGAAAGGCCCAACAACAACAAACUGGACGAUUAUAGCUACAAUAACCAAUGGAAUUCCAUGCAACAACAAGAUGAAAAAUUAGAAUCAAGAAUUGUUAAUAAUAACAUAAUAACAGCUACUUUGAAAAGUUUUACAGAAAAACCUAUAGCAAUUGCAUAUACUCCUACAGAGCCUAAUUUGAAUUUGGACAAAUACUCAAUGCCCAACUAUGGUAGUCCAGUUAUUCCAGAAAUACGUCCUGGAACAGUAGAAAACGUUGACACUGGAUAUGUAAGGCCCAACAUCAAUUUGCAAUUCAACCAUAAAGUCGAUAUAGAUAUUGAAGCAGAUAAGCCUCGUCCCCAGCAAGAUUUUCAGGCUCCUUUCCAGGCCAGCGUCAAGCUUGAUGCAGCUACUAACCAAGGUUGGUCGGUGGUUAGAGAUAAAAAUAAAACUACAACUGUUGCGGAAGAGCCUGAGGCUACAACUUUGCCUAUGGCUACAACCAGCGAGUUUGAUAUUGAAAAUUUCAAGCCUCAAUUGAUUGGCGGAUUCAAACCGAUUUAUCCAGAAGUUGAUGGCAAGGAUGCUGGAGUUGCUGAGAGAGAGGAAAAAUGAUUGAUUAAUUUUUAGACAAAAGUUAACCUUUAGUGUAAGUUUGUGUAAAUAUGGGUGAUAGGGUUUGAAAUUGUAGUUGCUGGAUAUAAUAUGUGGACAAUUUUUUUAAUUUAUGUUCAGCAUUUACGGUUUUUUUAGCGGUAUUAAUCUUUUGUGUUAAGAGUGAAGGCAGGUUUUUGCUCUUAACACUGAAGCUUCAAUUUUAUUUAUUUAUUUAUUUAUUAGUAGGACUGAAC